AUGAUCCUGAAUGCCAUUGACAAGAAACAGCUAAUUGCGAUUGUAUUACUCGACAUGAGCAAAGCAUUCGAUAGCAUAGAUACCACGACUCUGAUUACUAAGUUAGAAGAUGUUGGCGCGUCUUGUCAGGCGAUUCAAUGGUUCCAAAGCUACCUAACAUCCAGGUAUCAAGUAGUAAGAAUACAAACAACCUUAUCCGACCCUUUAGAGGUAAAGAGUGGAGUACAUCAGGGAAGUAUACUUGGGCCACUUCUGUUUAGUAUUUAUGUGAACGAUUUGCCAUCAGUUCCACAACAAUGUUCUCCCUAUUCCUAUGUCGAUGACACAAAACUCCUAAUGUCGUUUUCUCUGCAACACCAACAAAGAGCUGUCUCAGAAAUAAAUCAAGAUCUCUUGAGAAUACGUAAUUGGUGUUUUGAUAACAAGUUACUGUUAAACCCAGGAAAAACUAAGGCCAUGAUAUGCGGUAGCAGACAGAUGAGAGCAAAACUUCCUAAUUUUCGCCUCUCACUUCUCGGUAAAGAAAUCAUUCCUGUAACAAGCGCCAAAGAUCUCGGCGUAAUCUUGGACUCUGGUAUGACGUUCGACAGCCAUGUACAAGCCACUAUCUCCUCAUGUAUGUCUCGUUUAGGUCAAAUAAACCGUGUGAAACAUUGCUUUGACAAACACACAUUAACAAUUAUUAUUAACUUUCUAGUUUUUUCAAAAUUAUAUUAUUGCUCUACAGUCUGGAGCAACACUUCUCAAACAAAUUUAAAUAAGGUACAGGUAGUGCAGAACUUUGCAUGUCGAAUAGUUAGCGGAGUUGGCAAAUACGAUCAUGUCACACCAAUCCUGCAAGAACUAAAGUGGCUUCCUGUUCGACAGUAUUUAUAUUUUCGUGAUGCAGUCAUGGCAUUUAAAUGCAUGACAGGAAACGCACCUGCAUACCUAACUGAACAGUUUGUGAGACGAGGUGACAUUUCAUCUCGCGUUACUAGGAACUCGAGCAUGAUUGAAACUCCUUUACACAGAACAGCAACCGGGCAACGAUCUUUCAAAUUCAGAAUGGCCACAAUUUGGAAUUCGUUAAAACCAGAACUUAGGGCCUGCGAAACAACGAAAGACUUUAAACAUAUUUUAAAACAGAGACUUGUAGAAACAUUUAAAUUUAGGACCAAUCUUAAGACAUUUUGAUGUAAAUAGCAUAUAUAUUUGUGUAGUACUACCAAGUGUGUGUGUGUGUGUGUGUGUGUGUGUGUGUGUGUUGUGUGUGACUGUGUGUUGUUAUGUGUGUCUCUCUAUUAUUACAGUGUAUAAAAAUUUAGAUCAAUUAUGUAAAAUUUCGCUGAAAAGCCUUUUAAGGGAUGUGAAAUUAAAAUACAAUAACAAUAACAAUAUUAUAAACGUAUUAACGAUUGAGAAACAGAAUAUAGAAAAGGGAAUGGUAUCGAACAAUACUUCUACAAACACCAUCAACAUUAAUACUUUCAAUCGAGUGAGAUGCAACCGAAAAAUACAUUUUGAAGUGUGUAUAAAUACUAUAAUAUAAAUUAUAUAAGAUUGGCAGUUUUAAGGUAAAUUAUUAACUGUGUCCGAUUGAGUCUGUGAAGCAUGGGUUGGUAUUGAACUCUCGUUAAAUUGAAGGCUUGAAUGUGACCAUUUCUGAAGUUAUAAUACCGAAAAAAACUUGUGUUGUGUUUCAGCCAGGCUUGUUAAAAUGCCAAAAUUGUAUGCAUCUAAUAAUUAUUAGUAUUUAUACAUGUUAUAUGAUUAUGAUCUAUAUUAUAUUUUGACCAAUUUAUUUCAAUUUUAAAUAAUAUUAAAAGAUUAGGGGUUUAUAGAGAUAUGUAUAGGCCCUUUCUAAAUUGUUUUCAUAAUUUUCUGAGAAUGUGAUAUAUAUGAUCUCUAUAAUAUUAUAUAUUUUAGCUUCAUUUUAAACCGGGCAGAUAUGCAAAGCGAUCUGAGUCGAUGUUCAACAUAUCAAAGUAUGACUUGGAAAAUAGCCAUGGGCCUUUCAAGGAACUUGUUGGAAUGGGGACCGAACAAUUAUGGGUAGAAAAGUGUAACAUACAUCUUGCUGAACUGGCCAAAAUAGUUUCUGAUGCUACAGUCACUACUAUUGAAAACGGACAAGAUGAUGAACGUAUCUCUGGUACAGUGGACCGUACUGAUACUGUUGUUGAUAUUGAACUCACUGAAGCUGCUAGCGGUAGUGAGAAGCGCAAAGCCACCGAGGAGCUCAUUGAACAGUUGACGGUGCCAUCAAAGAGAAAUUGUAAUGAAAAUAAACCCAAAGAUGAUUUUCAAGCACAUGUAGAAAAUUGUCGCAUUGGUAAGUUACAUGUACUGUAUUUUGGGUUUUAUUUACGGUGUUUCACAAUAUUGAUGGUUUGCAAUCAAUCUCAUGAUAAUGGUGUCCGUCUGAUGUCGGCUGGAUCUGACAACAGCAAUUAUAACAUACACUGUAUAGUGUAUUCUUUUGUGUUAUUCUAUAUCUCCAACAUGGCUGCCAUGAUGCCAUAUGCAAACCAUCAAUACAGGUAUGCCGUAGUAUUGUACAUCUUAAGGCAACCCAUUAUUCUACGAGGCCUUGGUUUUUCAUAAUCUCAUUAAUUUGCAAUCGUGCCAUAUUUUUAUUGUCUUUUGCUGAAAGGCAAGGCAGGUGGCAUAGGAGGCCUGACAUACUCAAUACUAAUGUUGUUAUACAGGGUGUAUACAAAAAACAGAACAGAUUUGAAAUUGCUCUCAAUUUUGAAAAAAAUAAUAGUUAUAGGACUAAACUAAAGCAAAUUGUCUGACAAUUUGUAUGUUAAAAACCCAACAAAUUUUCCAUCCAUUAACUCAAAAUACAGUUAAAGCUUUUAAAUUUUGUGCGCAAGCCAUUUUAGUUUGUUGAAAAAGAAACACUCCCCUGGUUUACAAAAUUUGAGUUCGAGUAUUUUUUAUUAUUGUAUAUUAUGGGUAUUCAAAGAAUCUAUAUAUACCGUAACAAAAAGUUGAUACCACCAGCUGUUUUGUGAAAUUGAGAACAAUUCAAGUCUCUUCAGUUUUUUUUAUAUGCCCUCUAUAAUGGUUCAUUCCAAAUAUGUCUUUUUGUCAUAUUUUGGUUGUCAUAUAUUUUGGUAAACAAAUAAUUUGCCAUGCAUGUUCCUCGUUAAAAUUUCGAUAUGGCAAUGAUGACUCACUUAUUUAAAUGUUGUGUUUGUCUUUUUGCAGGAUUUAUUAUAUUUAACAAUUAUUCACCGAAGGUGAGUUGAAUUAUUAGGGAAUAUUCACCGAGACAUGUACAAAGUCAAGGUGAAUAUUCCCCGAUAAUCACCGAGCCUGGGGCGAAUAAUCGUUUUAGUAUUUUUACACAAAUCUUUUGUGUUUUUUUUGGACUGAAUUUAUUUUAAUUUUGCUUAACAUUUCUUUAUCAGUGAUGGCUAGCUGCCAUUUUUCAAAUUUCAGUUUUGUUAUAUUUACCUGUAGGUGAAUGUAACAGCUUAAUAUAUAUGUCAAAUUUGACUAAUCAACUUGUAUGAUUUGUUAGAUCGAGUGAGGUCCUGUUGAGGCAAAGCGUAAACAAGUGUUCUUGUCUCAGCUUCAGUUAAAUAUGGAAGAAAACGCAAAUGGUGUGUAUGAGCCCUUGUUUCUCAAUGUCAAGGAUUUAAACAAAAACGAUGAAUUUGACAAGAACAUGUUAAGUGGGUACAGAUAUGAAGUAUUAGGUGGUACCCAUAAUUUUCUGGCCACAAAAGCUCUGGCUUCAAAACAUAAAAUAAGAUAAGAUAAGAUAAGAUAUGAUAAGAUAAGAUAUGCUUGGCUAUUUGCUGGACUGUCUGAUCAAGAAGCAUUGUCGGUUGCCACCAGAUACAACAAAACUGGACCAUUCAGGCAUAAAAUAUCUUUUCAAGAAGAGGUAAUGCAAUAGUCCAGGAAUUUAAAUAGAUAAAAUUUGAAACCCUUCAUUAUUACGAGACAAUUAUUUCACAGCUAUAAAUUGUAACAAUGUCAGGCAUUUGCUGGGAACCUUUGAUUGUUGGUGUGACAUACUGUAUGUUGUUCAUACAGUACAUGUCAUACAACUAAUUCAAAAAAGAUUGUCCUUAUUUGCAAACCUUACACUCUAAACCUUAAACUUUAAAUUCUAAGCCUGCAAAGCAUAAUGGGAGUAUCAUUUGAUCAGUUUAGAAAUCAUACAAUAUAUGGGGCCCAUUUCUAAGAGACAUGGUAAAUAUAUCCUUACAAGAACAAUUCAUUCACAAACAGGUGCACCCAUUAAGAUUUUAAGGUUUAAAAUAAGUUUUAGAGUUUAAGGUUUGCAAAGGACAACCUUUUCUGAAUUACAUAAUAGAUAGCUUAAGAUCUACGACGUCGACGUCAGCUAGGACGUCAGGGCUAUGCAGAGGACUGGGACUAGGAUGUCGUCCUAAUGUAGUCCCAGUCCUCUGCUUAGCCCUGACCUCCUAGCUGGCGUCGACGUCGUAGAUCUUAAGCUAUCUAUUAUAUAGUUGCUGCGGAGCGAGUGAGCCUGAAGCGAGCGAGCGUAGCAGCAGCCUAAUAUGUGCAGAGAGGGGGUUUUGAACUAAAUUUUGUUAAGCGCAUGGAAUUGUGGUCGUACGCGCUUUCUAUGUGCAGAACACAAAUUUAAAACUCGCUUGAGUCUUCGAAUUUUUAUCGAAUUUCUAAAGCUUUUUCAAGUCUAAUGUUACGCUUACAUUUGUUUUGAAAUUUGGCCACUGUCAGUUCUUUAUAACGUUUUGGUUUCUGAGUGUGAUAAAUAUGUGUAUAUAGUCUAUAUAAUGUGGUAAAUGCGCCUAGCAGUAAACAGACUUGAUAUGAAAUCUGAUCUUAAUUUACCUGUAUGUCAAUGAGACGCACAUGUUUAAUAUCUGUCACCUCUGAUUGCCCUUUAACCCCUGGUCUUUGCUACUUCAAUAUAUAUUGCUUCUUCUCAGUUCCAUUCACGGCUCACUAGUUGCUGGGAGUAAUCACUGUGCUUGAUAUAAUUUGUGCUGUUUACUGUAGUUCUAUUUGCUUUUAAUGCCCGCAGCAAUCCCUACCUUGCAGGUACCCUAGUUAUGAGAUAUGCCGUUCCGUAUGUUAGUAUAGUGGGCGUACUACAGUAGCAAGAAUUUUCAAAAUGGCAAAUUUAUUCAUUCUUUAGAUCGAUCUAGCUUAUCACCAGUUGCAAAUCCUAGGAACAAAAAACCAAGAUGGCGAGAUGUUGCCAAAUCCAACUUGGAGGGAGAGAUGCGCAUUAAUAUUAGGAAAGAACGUACAGUAUGUGACUGUGUUUACUUGGGUUGUCAAUUACAGGGUAGUUAAUGUGGGUUAUAUAGCCAUGUAAAUACUAUACUAAUAAAAUAUACAUACUUCUAUUCUGUUUAAUUUUCAGAAAAAGGCUUUGACGGAGAUAUGUGCUGUAGCUUCUCUACCAAAGAAUGGUUACAAGCUGUUUCAAGCUAUUUGCACAAAAUAUGAGAAAGGAAAGUUGAAAGAACAACAUGCUCUUCCGAAGGAUAUGAAGGGAAAGCCAAAAUUUAGGACAGUUUAUGUCAGCUGCCUUCAUGGUCUUGAUGUUGCUGACCGAAUUGAGCUUUUGAAAAAGGUAACAGCAAUUUAAAAUGACACAGUAACUACACUGCAAUGCUUGGCCUUGGAGUUCAAACUAAAUAUGUGAAAUUGAAGUGACAAUUGGUCACAGUAUAUCUUCAAGUCUACAGUACAUGUAUAUAAUAACACUUCCUGCAAAUUGGUUUACGUGUAGAUUUAGAAUCAAACACUUUCCAUUGUUUCCACUUUUCAGUGGAUGUCUGUUUUUGGAUUACUGCCGUGUGAUUGUCUGACUAGUGUGCAAAUUUAAACCUUUUAUUUGGAUGACUAAAAAAUGAUACAUAAUCACAGGGAUGGAUUUACUGGGUGUGUGUACCCCCUAGCUCUGGCCAGAGGGGGUGCAGGGGGGGUGCUAUUUUUCAUGAUGAAGCAAAAUAUAAUAGAGACAAAAUGAGAUACAGUAAUUUGAGCAAUAAAUGAUGACUAGCAAACUGUGAACAACAAUUACAAAUCUCUUAUUAAUAAUUCAUGAGUAAAUUAGCAAACCAUAUUUCUUUAUUUUAUUCACAUGAAUUUAAUACUGGAUACCUGAUGAAGAACGUUGAUGCAGUACUUGGAUUGGAUCAACAUUAAUUCAGUCCUAGGCCUGGAUCAAAAUUAUCUUGCCUCACUUUAAUUUGUGAUUUACUCGUAUGAGAUGUCAUUUCAGAUCCUCCAACUUGGACUGGACUAGAUUUCAGGUCCUAGCAUUUUGAUCCAGUCCUUGGCUUUACCUCGGACUAGGGAUGUGCCGGAUACUGUUUUGCCGGAUAGUACCGGAUAGUAGUCUACCAGAUACCGGUCAGGAGAAAAUGAUGACUGGAUACCGGAUAACAACCGGAUACUGGAUAAUAACCAGAUACUCCCAUACAAUAAUUUAUUAGAAACACAACAUUUUUAUAGGCUAGAUUAAUUAACUAGUCCAAUGUGGCAAUGUGUUUAAUACAAUAACAUCAAGAGUUUUUUGUCUCUUUGACCUAUUUGUCUUUACCAAGGCCAUAUCUUAUGAUUCACCUUACAUUGUUUACUGGCAUUCAGUAUAUAAAAUUCACUGCUGUUGGCGAACGAGCAGUUCACAUCACCAUCACGAAAAAAAUAUGUCGUAAUGCAGCGCACGCUCAGUAAUUGUUCGUGUUUCACAAUUUGUAAACGCCAAGUAAACUGUUCCGUUUCAUGGUUGUAACAAAAUAUCUUACAGCACUAUCCGGCAAAUUUAUACCGGAUACCGGAUAGUGCCGGAUGUCGAAAUUUUACCGGAUAUCAGAUACCAGUAUCCGGAUCCAGCACAUCCCUACCUCGGACUUCAUAAAAUUGCGGCACUUGAAAUCUAGUCCAGUCCUCAUAGUCGGAUUUGAAAUAUUACUUCAAAUACAGUAUGUUCAUGGGCACGGGCAGCACACAUGACUGACACAACUUGGCACCAGAGCUGGCAAGAACCCUCCCCCAACCUACCAGAUCAUGCUGGAUCCAUCCCUGCAUAAUCUAAAAUACCAACUUACUUGUAAUAGUGAUUUGAAGUAAUUACUGAUCAUGAAAGAUUAAAUUUUGUUCAGAAAUUUAACAAGUUCAAAUGCAAUCCGCAAAACUGGUGUGCAAGUACUAUUGUACUUUACUAAUUGUUUCAGGUUGCUGAGGGGGACAUCAGUCUGGAACAGCUGAAAGUCAUGGCGAAAGAGUUCAAGAUGAUCAGGCCAAUUCAAAAUACAAUUUCCUCAUUUGUUGGUAAAGAGUGGGGAAUUAUUGCAAGUCAACUUCCAGAAUAUACAAACCCAGAGCAAUUGUUUCGUUUUGCUGUAAGUAUAAUAGCUGCAACUAUAAUUGGCAAGUUAAACGACUCAUGAUGAUUUGAGUUGUUGGUAACUAAUUUCAGCUACAGUUUUUAGUUAGCCAUUUCCCAAAGUCCUGAGUCUAGUCACGCAAAUACCAUGUUGGAGGGGGACAAGAAAUAUGGCAGCAGAUGUUUAAAUUAAAUGUUUAAUAUAAAAACGAGAUGUUUCAUAUUUGGGCGUCUAAAAAGUUGAUUUUGAUAGUAGAUACUUCUACUCUUUCACAUAUUUGACGCCUACCACCAUAUAUUCUGUCCAUCCAAACGAUCCCAGAAUGCACUGUGUCACUGUGAUCUCUUUUGGGAAAAGGCUAAUUAUCCGUAAUUAUAUUUUUCAUUUAGGGAAAGGAUCCAACUAAUUGCUUUUUUAAAAGCUAUCUUCAACUAUUACGCGACAAACUUGAUGGUAACCAGAUUGUUAAAAUCCCUUCCCCUAACACCUUCUCAACUGAAAGCAGACAUCAAGGCAUCAUUUGCAGAUGCGAAGAUCCACUAGCUGUUGAACAAAGCAUGUGUGGUCGCAAGGAUACUGGGUUUGCACUGGCAAUGUACACCUUCUGUGGCAUAAAUGGAAAUGAGGUAACAGGCACAUAAUUAUCUAUUACCGGUAUUUCACUGAGCAACCAGUUAUUAAGUUCAUGGGAGGCUAGAAUUGAACACUUUAUAAACAUUUCAAAUAUCCAAAGGGGUUAUUGUUUGGAAAUCAAUCCUGCUGUCUAUUAUAAUAUAGAACCUGGGGCUUCAUUUGGAGAAAGUGUUCAAGUUGGUUGACCGAGUCAACUUUGCCACCCGUCAGACCUACAAUGUGAUUGUAGUUGGAACAGCUGAGGAUAUUGUUUCUGCAAAAGGAUGGAUAGCGAUAAACAGAGGCUCGAUUGCAGAGAUUGGGUACAUUUCCAGGAGCAAUGUCAAAAGUUCAGGUGUGUAUGGAAAUAGCUUAUUUGAAAACAUCAUUGAUAAUAUUUGAAAAUCGCUUAUUUGGAGAGCACCGCUUGAUCAAUCCAACCUUGCAGUAAUCACCUGAUAAACACUUUCUUGUCCUUCAUGCCACCCUCCAUUAAUAGGGAGCUUUAGCAGCGACUACGAGUACGAGAUUCGCCAAGCGAAACGCAUCCUGUAUGCUUACGCCAUCCUGUAUACUGACGCGAAGUCGUAGUCGUCGCCCAUCUGAGUACGAAAUUGUGGAGAAAUCUCAUAGUCCUCACCACGACUUUUCAAAAAAACAAAGAAACUUGGCUUUUUUGUUUUUCAAAAAUAAUUUGUUGCGUUUAUCCGGCGCAAAUAAUCUAUUAGUAUUAAAAAUCUGGCUUGUUUUUAAUAUUAUGGCGUAUUUGCACAUUUUGUAGGGGAUUUUGACCUGCAGGAGACCAAGUUUAUAUGAACUUUUUCUUUCGUUGUUUGUCUACUACUAUAAAAGCAACACUUCGACGGAAACGAGAACGACUACGGUGAUUUCAUCGCACACGAUCGAAUCUCGCAGUCGUACUCGUGGUUGCUGCUAAAGCUCCCUAAUAAAAAGUUGUAAGACGAUUGAUUCACACUUGAUGAGCAUUCCAGGUCAAAUUUGUAAUUAUGACCUGCCGAUACUUUCAUUACUGAAAGAGUAUAAUCUAAUAUGUUUGCUCGGUUUCAGGAGAUCUGAGAAUGAUAGAAUCUAUCGACAAUGCCUUCAUGGUGUACCAUGCAGCUGUUGGUGACCGAUUGUCACCAGAGCAUGUGAACUUCACAAAAGAAAAAUGUCCGUCCAACCUUGUUGAAGUACCUGACACUCACGUGAAUAAGCAAUAUUCCUUGUUGAAAAGAUUGAUAGAAAUGUUCAGUCGACAAGAUGACUGGAUAUUAGAUAUUAAUUCAGCACAAGGUACAGUAUAUAUAGCAAUGAGACCUAUGUGGUUUUUUCUGCAUCUUACUCGACUGAAAUUAAUGCAUAGAUUGUUUUUUAGAAUAAUUCUCAGACAAUGACAUUGCCACUGAAUUCAAAUGAUAAAAUCAUAUACCCAGUCACACCGUGUGUUUCUAUUUCAGCUACUGGAGUUGUUGCUGCGCUGAAAAGCAAGAGGAACGGUUUGUGUUUGGUUUCAUCUGAUGAUGAAGAAUUUGUGUGCAAACGGAAACUGAGUGAAUUAAUGAGGGAUAAGUAGGAGCAUUAAUCUCAGAACUCGUUCAUCGAUGUGCCAGGAACUCUGAUGUUGUACUGCAUAACGAUUAAAUAAGUUUUAUAUUUACAGUAAUAUAGUAACCUUUUAUUCAAAUCACUUGUUCAUUUACAUUGCGGGAUUAUUAUUAUACAAGGUUCAGAAAUUCUGACCCUCCUUUGUUGCAGAUAUAAACGUUUGCAUAUUUGAUUAUUUUGAUACACUUAGCUUGUUCAUUGGGGUGUCAUAAAUUCUGAACCUUUCAUGUUAAGGCUUUGCGUUUUGAGUGAGAUAUAUUGCGGGAUUAUUAUUAUGCAAGGUUCUGAAAUUCUGACCCUCCUUUGUUACAGAUAUAAACGUUUGCAUAUUUGACUAUUUCGAUAGACUUAUUCAUCGAGGUGUCAAAAAUUCUGACAACCUUUCAUGUUAAAGCUUUGAAUUUUGAGUGAGAUAUUGCGGAAUUAUUAUUAUACAAGGUUCAGAAAUUCUGACCCUCCUUUGUUGCAAAUAUAAACGUUUGCAUAUUUGAUUAUUUUGAUACACUUGUUCAUUGGGGUGUCAUAAAUUCUGAACCUUUCAUGUUAAGGUUUUGAAUUUUGAGUGAGAUAUUGCGGAAUUAUUAUUAUACAAGGUUCAGAAAUUCUGACCCUCCUUUGUUACAGAUAUAAACGUUUGCAUAUUUGACAUUUUCGUUGCAUAUUUGACUUUUUCAUUGCAUAUUUGACUUUUUCGUUCAUCGAGGUGUCAGAAAUUCUGAACCUUUCAUGUCAAGGCUUUGCAUUUUGAGUGAGAUAUUGCGGGAUUAUUAUUAUACAAGGUUCAGAAAUUCUGACCCCCCUCUGUUGCAGAUAUAAACGUUCGCAUAUUUGAUUAUUUUGAUACACUUGUUCAUUGGGGUGUCAGAAAUUCUGAACAUUUCAUGUAAAGGCUUUGAAUUUUGAGUGAGAUAUUGCGGAAUUAUUAUUAUACAAGGUUCAGAAAUUCUGACCCUCCUUUGUUACAGAUAUAAACGUUUGCAUAUUUGACAUUUUUGUUGCACUUGUUCAUCGAGGUGUCAGAAAUUCUGAACCUUUCAUGUUAAGGCUUUGAAUUUUGAGUGAGAUAUUGCGGAAUUAUUAUUUUUCAAGGUUCAGAAAUUUUGACCCUCUUUUGUUGCAGAUAUAAACGUUCGCAUAUUUGAUUAUUUUGAUACACUUGUUCAUUGGGGUGUCAGAAAUUCAGAACCUUUCAUGUUAAGGCUUUGCAUUUUGAGUGAGAUAGUGCGAAAUUAUUAUUAUACAAGGUUCAGAAAUUCUGACCCUCCUUUGUUACAGAUGUACGCGUUUGCUUAUUUGACUGUUUCGAUACACUUGUUCAUUGGGGUGUCAUAAAUUCUGAACCUUUCAUGUUAAGGCUUUGCAUUUUGAGUGAGAUAUUGCGGAAUUAUUAUUAUACAAGGUUCAGAAAUUCUGACCCUCCUUUGUUACCGUCACAGAUAUAAACGUUAGAAUAUGUGACUAUUUCGUUACAUUUAUUCAUUGGGGUGUCAGAAAUUCUGAACCUUUUAUUUUAAUUAAGGCUUUGCUUUUUGGGUUCAGAAAUUCUGAACCCUCCACGUUUAAGAAAUAUUGCUGUAAUGUAGUAUUUAUAACGUCCAGUCUCAGUAUUUAUUUAAUUUGUAAAGCAAUCGCAUGUACUGUAAUUUUGAAUUUCUCCAUUUUCAAUAAAAUUUCAUAUUUUUGUAGCAAAUGGUUAUAUUUCAUAACAACUCCGCAAGUACUAAAUCUUUAAGCAAAAAAUGUUGACGCUCCACAUUUUCCUGCUAUUUUCCUAUUUUUUUCGGGAAAAAAAAUACUUUGGAAAAGUCCAAUUUACUUUGGAACUUUACCUUGUCUGUACCAAGUCUCGAAUUGCCAAACGUAGCCAAACCAUCCCGCGUUUAGAAUUAAUAACUGGUCACAUGGCAGUUAACCUUGUAUCAAACGUAGAAACAGUACUUAGCAAUUCCCACGUGGAAACCUUCUUCUGGCUUGAUUCGAUCGACAGACGACCGUGGCCCUUUACUGGAUAAAGGGUAAAGGAGAUUAUCGUCAGUACGUGGCGAACCGUGUACGGAAAAUUCAGGAGUAUAGUCAAGUAAGAUAGGCCUACUCUGGGGCGGUAAAUCGCCUUAAAUCGCUGCGAUAUAAUGCGAUUUUAGGCGAUUUAAGGAAAAACUGAGACUUUCAAGCACUGCGAUUUAAUGCGAUUUUAGGCGAUUUAAGAAUUUUUUUUAAAUUUUAGGGAUUGCUAUUUAGGUGUUUUCAAAAAGGAAUUGAAUUUUAUAUUUUGCUCCGGUUUCCUCCCACAAGGCAAAAUUGGCAGGGUGGGUUAGGAUAUAAACACAGUUAGGAAAGUAAUAUCAUAUUCUCAUUGUUGUAAAGAUAAGUAGUCUAGGCUAACAUAAGUAAUCAUAGUACUUGAUGUAAUCGGUCACUGAAAAGCCUCAAUGUGGGGAGUGAGCUGAAUAAUAAUGUAAUGUUUCCACACUCAUAUAUGCAUUGUAUGAGGCAAAAUACAAUUUUUAGAACAUGUAUGUACAUUUUAUAUAAAGCUAGGUUAACUAAGUAUUGUAUUUAACCUGAUUCACAUACAAAGCUCAAUAUUCAUGAACUUUUCAUCCAUUCUCAAUUUAGAAGCCAUUGGGGUUCAUCUUGUGGGGUCAUGUGGUCAUUCAUGGCUACAUUAUAUACCACAAAUAUUGUAAACUGUUAAUAUACUCUACUUAAGGGGCAUGCACUAAACAUUUAUUAUAUUUUGCAAUUUUAACUCGACAUAAAUUAAUGAUAUUAAAGUUUAAGACAUGUGUAGUACACAUGUCUUAAACUUUAAUAUCACUAAUACAUGUGUAGUACACAUGUCUUAAACUUUAAUAUCACUAAUACAUGUGUAGUACACAUGUCUUAAACUUUAAUAUCAUUAAUUUAUGUCAAGUUAAAAUUGCAAAAUAUAAUAAAUAUUUGAUUUCCAAAAAACCCACAAGAGAAACACACAAUGUAUUUAUACAGUAUAUUAAACUGAAUAAGCUAUAUCCUAUAAAUUACCUUGUCACCCUUGUAAGUGAAAUUGUCUUGUUUUGUAUCAUGUCAAAAACUUCUUUAUUUAGCUUGCAUUUUAUUUAAACUGUUUCAAUCUCGUGCUUUCUUCAAGCUACAAACAUGUUUUAUAAAAUUUUUGAUAUCCAUAUCAUAUCCCAGUGCCAUAUCCAGAAACAUUAUCGUCACGCAUACUGGAGCUGUCGGCGUAAUGCCGUAAUGUUUAAAUUACAUGAAGUAUAUCGUAUAUAAAUGGUAGGAAUUCUAAUUUCUAAAUUAUUUUAAAAUUAAAAACAAAAUAAUACAGUAUUAAACAAAUGGCGCACUACAUCGUGGUUUUAGGUUCUGCAAACAAACAACAACAAAAGAUCUAUUGUAUGGUAUGUACGAUGUAAUCAUUGUUUUACUGUUUAUUGUAUAUACAGGUCUGGAAAAUUUAAUAGAUGAGAGUUGCAAAUCGUUCAUAACCUCACGUAUAUUUUUCGUUUGAUAGCCACUAUAGUUACAACUAGGAGCUAGAGUAUAACCAUGCACAUGUCGAAGUACAACCAUUGUAUACAAUUCAGUGCUCGAUGUUACAUGCAACAGUGCACAAAUUACAAGAUGACUUUAUUAUAUAAAUCAACACUCGUACUAAUUGACUUUCCUAGUCUCCUACUGUUGUUCUAAUUAACAGCAAUUAGGCUUUGAGAAGCCAUGUAGAUUAUAGAUUAAUUUGUAGCCCAGCCUCCAUAGUCCAUAUAAAUUGUAGUCCAGCCUCCAUUUACACCAAUAAUGAAAUUAACUCAUUCUGAUAACUAGCUCCAUUUUGUUGCUGGUAGUGUAUGGGAUCUAUGGGUCUUUCAGAUCCCAGAAUUACCUAAUUAUUGUAAAGUCUGCAUAAAGCAGAAAAAGGCUCUGUUUUUGUCAAUGACCGGUGCCUAUUGAGUGACCAAAUAUUGUCAGCCUAAUCCACUUAUUUGAUUGCUAAUUCAUGUUGCAUUACUUUUGAUUGCAAAGUACCUGGAUUACAUGAUUUGCCCGUAAAAUAGCAGCAAUUGAUAAACUUGAGUACAUGGACUGAAUGUAUCAAACAGAAUGCAUGUUGGCGAUUUUAAGCGAUUUUAGGUGAUUUUAGGCGAUUUAAGAGAAAUUCGACAAUUUUAAUCCGCGAUUUAAUGCGAUUUUAGGCGAUUUAAGGCGAUUUACCGCCCCAGAGUAGGCCUUAAGAAGGCAUCACUUACCAACAGCACAGAAACCUGCAGACGUGGGAAGUCGAGGCGAAGUUGUGGCAACUAAUCAACUGUGGAGAGAAAGCCCUACAUGGCUGAGAAAUCGUUCUGAAUGGCCUACAAACGUAACUUUAUAGGCAACCGCUGAAACAAGAGCUGAAGCCAAAGUGAAACAAGAAAUCUUAGCAGUAGCAACGGUUGAGAAAGACGAGUUUGACGAGUCGCUCGACAAAUUCAGCUUUGUUAAAGUCCUACGUAUUGGAGCAUGGAUACAGCGCUUCCUUGAUAACUGCAGAACGAAGCCCAAUGAGAGAAAGAGCGGUCCGAUCGAUACGGAAGAAAUUGAACGAGUGAAAUUGUGGUGGAUAAAGCGUGCUCAACUUCAAGCACAACAAGACGUACGAUUUGAAGCUGAUCAACUGCACUUAAGCCUUCAACCCAAUAACCGAGGGAUCUUAAAGUGUCGUGGUCGAAUAGUCGGGGAAUAUCCAAUUUACCUGCCUGACCAUCAUCCAUUCACCGCGUCAUUAGUCCACCACGCACACAUUUCAACCCUCCACGGCGGCGUUGGAAUGACAAUGGCGAAAGUAUGA